UCACUGUUUCAUUGUUUAAAAUAAUUUUGCCUGUGUAUUUUACUCUCAGAACCAUUUCUUUAACAAGAAGCUACAUUUAGAUGAAAGGUUUGAAGAGUUGAAGGAAAAAGAUCUUAAACAACAAAUCGAAUACAUCAGACAUCUUGUUCACCCCACGCUGUCAGAGAAAACAUCCCGUCCAACUAGUAGAGCCCAUGAAUCUCUGUCGUCACACCAAGGAUCCGUGCAGCUGGACAUGGAUGUUCCCUCCACCAGUGGUGUAAAUGCACAAAGUGGCAAAAUAUCUGAAGGCCCGUCUGCAGUAACGCCCAGUCAUCUACAACCAAAUUGGGAAGACAUCCAAACUAAUCCUGAGCCUGACUCUACCGAUGAAGAUGACACAACCGAUGAAGAUGACACAACCGAUGAAUAUGACACAACUGAUGAAGAUGACACAACCGAUGAAGAUGACACAACCGAUGAAGAUGACAAAACAAGAGGGGACAACCAAUCAAACAGCCACGAUUCCGAGGAUGGCAUUCUGGAUGGACCACCAAGGAAGAGAAAAAAGAAGACAAACCGACAGACGCCAUCUCCGUAAUAUUGCUUUUAAAUUCAAACUUUAACGUGUGCCAUUUAUAUGUUAGAUUAUAGGUAAAGGGAGUGUAUCAUGAGAAAAACGGGUUAACGCCAUCUAAGUCUUCUUUUGGACAACUGCACGUAAACGAAUGGACUUAAUUAACUGGGUC